AUGUUAAAAACAAUCUCAAAUACUUAUAAAUAGCAUCAAAGUACUCUAGCAAAGCAACUCCUAUCUAGAUAAUUCUCAACCUAUUAGGAAAAAUACGAUGCAAUUAUAAUAGGAGCAGGGCAUAAUGGUCUAAUCUGUUCAAAUUACCUAGCAAAGGAGAAUAUGAAGGUCUUAGUCUUGGAAAACAGACACAUCGUUGGAGGGGCAGCAGUCUCAGAGGAGAUAUUCCCAGGCUACGUCUUUUCUCGAGCUUCUUAUCUUUUAUCGCUUUUGAGAAAUAACAUCAUUAAGGAGAUAUUUCCUCCCAACUGGAGAGAUGAGCUCGUGCUUUACCGCAGAUAUUACCCAUCUUUCACUCCUACCAAGCAGAGUGGUACCGAUAAGUACUUACUACUAGGUCAUGAUGAUGAACUUAAGGAAAUUGCUAAAUUCUCAACUAAAGAUGCAAAGAACUACCAAGACUAUGUAAAUAAGUUAGAUGAGAUAGUUGAUAUAAUUAACCCAAUCAUAGAUAAUGCUCCGCCUGAAGGAUUAAUUGAUACUAUCAAGCUUGGGCUUAAGAUCAAGAAGCCUAAGUUGUAAAGCAAUACUGAGAUAUUUUAGAUGAUGACUGCACCUGUGUCCACUGUGUUAGAUUAAUACUUUGAAUCUGAUAUACUUAAAGCUACACUCGCCAGUGAUGGGGUUAUCGGAGCAAUGGGCAGCCCAUACUCUUAAGGCUCGUCUUAUAUUUUGCUUCAUCAUGUAAUGGGUGAGAUUGAUGGCAAAAAUAGAUGGUACUAUGUUAAAGGAGGAAUGGGUUCCAUCACCUAGUACUUAGCUAAACUAGCAGAGGAAAAAGGAGUUACAAUUCGCACUAACAGUCAAGUCAGUCAGAUUUUCACUUCUGGAGACAAAGUAUCUGGUGUUAGACUUCACGAUGGCACUGUCAUAAAUGCUCCAAUAGUUAUUUCAAACGCCACUCAUCAUGUGACCUUCAACUAGCUUAUCAAAGAGCAAUCAGCAGUCCCUGAUAACUAUCAGAAAAUCUUAAAGAAUGUCAACUAUGAAGGUUCCGCUUGUAAGAUCAAUCUAGUCUUGAAUGACUUACCUAAGUUUAAAUGCAUUGAGCACAUCAAUGAUAAAGCUAAGCAUGCUAAAAACAUGAGAGAAAAGAUGGGGAUAUACAAUAACUACCUUUAGGGUACCACACAUAUCAACUCAGAGCACAUGCGUGACAUUCAUGAUGCCUAUUUAGACGCUUUGAAUGGAGAGAUUUGCCGCAGACCAAUGGUUGAAAUGGUUAUCCCUUAGAUCCUUGACCCAUCUCUAAAUAAAAAUAAUGAUGAAAAUGUAGUAUGUUCAUUGUUCGUCCAAUAUGCCCCAACUAAACUGAAGAAUGGCAAGGAAUGGGAUGAGGAAUCUAGGAACCAGUUUGUCAAGAACACCUUCGAUGUGAUUGAGGAAUAUGCUCCAGGGUUUUCUAAGUCUGUCGUGCACAAAGAUGUGCUACUUCCACCUGAUCUAGAGAGAAUAUUCGGCCUGACUGGAGGCAAUAUUUUCCACGGAGCUCUCUCAAUGAAUAACGUAUACUUCUCCAGACCUGGACCUGGAUAUGCAAACUCUAAUACACCAUUCAGAAAUUUGUUUAUGUGUGGUAGUGGCUAACAUGCUGGAGGUGGAGUGAUGGGAGUAGCAGGAAGACUCUGCGCUAAAAAGGUUUUACAAUAAAGGAAGAAACUUUGA